AUCGACCAUCGGGCGACGACCGUGGGCCACAUGAGUGAAGUCUGCGUCGAUCGGCGGCGGGGCGCGCGCUACAUCGCACUGAACCCAGUUCCAAGCGGCGCUCAGUUUACUACAGCAAUAGUUGGACGCCGCAUGCCGGAUCACACGCCUAUCCGACCGUGUGCGUGGUGACAGUGUUAUAACAUAGCUAAUUGUUUUGUGCCGUGAUAUUGUUGUGUUCUUGUGUAAUACUGUUGGUGCGACCGGUCCGGUUCACUGUUGUGAUGCAUUUGAGGAUAUGGAUAUGGCUGUCUUGUGUUGUCCUCGCAGGAUACGUUCGAGCGACAGAGGACGCAGCUGUCGCUGAAUCGCCGUCAAUCAACUUAUCGCUUCCACUGAACGACGGCGUCGCGUCAGACCAGAGCACGUUCGUCGACGCCGAUGAAGGUUCCGGCCUAGAGACAGACGAGAGCUCGGGCUCCGGUUGGGGAGCCGGCCCCGGGCCCGACGACGAGGACAGCUCAGGUGAAGCGCCCACCGACCACGAUGAACUACCACCAGACGACGAGGAUUACACGACCUCGACCGACGCGGCUCCCACCGAUGACCACGAGAGGAAACUCAUUUCGGACUUCUACGACGAAACCGAAGUAGAAAUAGAAAAAGAGUCCGAACAAACAGAUACCCCGAUCACCCCGGCCACCCCGGUCACUGAACCUCCGCCUCUAGAGCCCGAAAUACACCCAGAAGUAUUUGUUCCUGUGAACAAACCAAGCGGGGGUGAGGUGGAACCGCACGGCGCGGGGGAGGAGCGACCCUCGCGCCCUGAUCAGAACGGCGAAAUCAACAUCUCUGAAGAAGACACCAAUCCGGCAAUUGACCAGGAGCAGGCGGGCACUAACGUGGAUCCUGAUUCGCGGCCGUCAGAAGUGUUCAUCAUGAACGCCAAGCCGGAAGACAGAGCGAUCAGCUUCUUCGCGCAGCCUGGCAUACUCGCCGCUGUGAUCGGUGGUGCUGUAGUAGGGUUAUUAUGCGCAAUCCUUGUGGUCAUGUUCAUAGUAUACCGCAUGCGUAAGAAGGAUGAAGGUUCCUAUGCCCUCGACGAGCCGAAGAGAAGUCCAGCGGCAGCCUCGUACGGGAAAGGACACAACAACCGCGAGUUCUACGCGUGAGACGACUCGGAACAAAACAUGCCACGUGCUUACUAGUCGGCGCUCUAAUCAAGAAUGAACACUUCCCACCUGGGCGCCAUUUUGAUUUUCUUUUUCUUUUUUCAAAUCUACGUUCCGUUUCAGGAAUACUUAAAUGCGUGUAAUUAAUUCUUCAUAUUUUCCUGCCGUGGCUAUUUGUUCUGUGAAUCAUUCAAACGAAACAAAACCUGACAAUUUAUUAAUUGAAUUUGACGGUAUAAUGACGCAACUGUAGGUAUAUGUACGGAUUGUACAGUUAAAUGUACAAACCAGGUACAAAAAUAUUUAUUUGUCUUGAACGAAGAGAUAAUAUGGAAUUCAAUGGAUGCAUUCGUUUAUGUUAAAUCAUAGAAUUAUCAAUAUUGAGACCAAUUUUUUCAUAAAUUUUGGAAUGUGGAAGAAUAUAAAACAUCAUUACGUACUCUGUUGUAAGACAAAUGUGGUUGAGUGUUCUGUCUAGGGUCAUACUGUGAAUAUUUCUCGGUACUCUAGGUUUCUCUAUAAUGAUAAAUAAAAAACGGUUUACAUGAAGCCGGAGUUACUUCACUCUUGUACUAGAUGGCGGUGCUGAGCGUCAUUACUAAUGUAACUUACAAACGUCAAGACUUUUGAUUACCCAGAAAGAUUCAUGCUAUGGUUUAAGUGAAACUGCAUGUGUUGUUUCUUUUCAUAAUGGCUGUAUAUUAUCAUAUAAACAAUGUGACUUUUAUUAAGAUUUAACAUUAAGAUAAUUAAAGUUGACAAUUAAAAAAAAAAUCUAGUUCAUGUAAUGUAAUAGUUUUAAAGCAACGUUAAAUUCUAAUAUGUAUGAAUUGGUAAUGCUGAAAUUGCAUAAUACUACCAACAUAAGAGUACGCGUCAGCUGUCAAUUUUUUUUUUUACUACACCGUCAUUUUUUUCAUGUUUUUGUGUAUAUUAUGCUUCUCUCUUCUAGAUUUAAUUGAAUUAUUUGAUAAUAAUUUUUUCGCGAAGUUAUCUUUGAAAUUCACAUUGUAAUAUAGUAAAUGUAUGUAUGUAUGUUUAAGAUAUAUCUACGUUAUGGAGAUAUACGAUUUUUAAUAUCAUCGAAUAAUAUAAUUUUUAUGUGAAUCAUCAGUGUAAGAAUGUAAAAUAUUCAUACUGAUUUUUUUAUUUCAAAAGUUAUCUAUAAAUGAAUCGAAGGAUUUUUAUCUAGAUAUUGUAACUUUUAAUCUCUAUUGUACGUCUUCGUUACUCUUUUUAGUUUUUAAAUAUUCGGUUGUGCAAAGACACUUACGUCUUUAGUACCCUGUGCCAUUUUCGCUUUUAAUUUCAAUAGUUAUUAAAAAUAUAAUCUUCGUUGUCAAAUGUAUGUAAUUAGUAAUUGUGCAUUGUACGUUUGAUACCACUCUACAUACAUAGGUAUGUACCGUAAAAUGGGGCGAUUAGGGACAAAUUCCAACUUUAUGAGCAAUUUUAAGGUAGUUGUUGAUGUAUAUAAUGCUAUAUCAGGAUCAAAAUGAUUGAGUCUUGGGGGCAUCUUUGUUGUCUAAUUUAAAAUUAUGCAACUAGCAUUCCAGUUUAAGCAAAAAAUGCAAAAAUAGGUGUAAUCCCUAUUUACUCGAAAAUUGCGGUUAAUUGGGACGAAAUGAGAAAUUUGCUAGGGUUGGCACUACUUUUAUUUUUAUAUAUAGUUUUAAUUAAUUAAUUUAUAUAGUUGCACCAACAAAGUGAUCAUCAAUAAAAAAUAUUGAAAAACUGACAAAAGUACAUGGCAGACAUCACCUCAAUUAUAGGUGCAAUCGACAGUGCUGAUAUUUCUAUCUGGGUUAAGAGAUUAGGUGUGUCGGUUAUUCCAUGGAUUAAUCAGAUGAAUACCCCCACUCUGAACAAAUAUUAAAUAUUUUAUUAUGUAUUACUUAGACAUUUUUGUCCACCUUGAGAUUUCAUUGAUCUUGUUACAUGUCUCUGCAAAAUCGACUUACUUAUAUUAAAUUGCUUAUCUAUUUCAACUAAAGACUUAUUCCCAAUUUCACUUCGAAUAAACCAGAUUUUUACCAACAAAUUUAAAAAAUAUUGUUAUAACUACAUAGACAACCCUACAAACCUGUACCUAUUUAUACUUAGGUCGUUUCCAUUUCACGUAUUCUCAUCCCAAUUGACCCCUUUUUCGUUGUUAUUUAUACCUAAGACGUCCCCAAUAUCUCCAAAAACAACAGAUUUUUACAUGUAUUUUUAUUUAAUCAAAUACAUUAAAACCAAUAACAACUGAGACUUACCUUUAAUAUAUAUGCUGGUUCAAACACUAAAUUACGUUUAUAAAUCAUAGUCGUCUUCUAUUAUUAUCAAAUAAAUAAAAGAGAGCAAAGUUUCUAGCACUAAAAUAAUUACCACCACAGGAAGUUAAUUUGAAACGCGAUUUUUUAUAAGUUAGCAGCUAUUAUCAUGCAUAUUCAGAGUUGUUUUGUGAACUUUCAACAUUCUACUAUUAAACUACAAAAAAUGGAAGAUUUUGCAACGAAUAUAAAACUUAUAUUGGACGUCUAAAGAUUUUCCCGGUUUUUUCCCGAUUCGCCUCUCAAUCCCUAAUCGCCCCAUUUUACCGGUACCGAUGAUUAAAGACUCGUUUUAUUAUCAUGUUAAAUAGAAAAUAUUAUGUAUAUUGAUUACAUACUUUUUUUCAUACAUCUUUUUAACACAGUGGAAUAAUAACAUUAAAUUUAUUGUUUUACAAUAAAUUGUUUUACAAUAAAUUUACAAAAUAUUAAUUAAAUUAAUCGUAAAGCAAUUACUUGCAUUUUAAAUAUCAACUUAACAUAGACAUAUACAUACUAACGAAUCCUAUUAAUACAAAUAAAUGGAAUAAAUAUAUUUUUUACUUUCAAUAAGUUAUGUACAGUUUACACAAUGAAUAUGAUGUUAUUAAAUUACAUAUCUGCCAACAUAACAAGAAAAUCAAUAAUAUGGCUUGAGGUAUUCUUAGUAAUGAAAUACGAAAAAUAAGCUUAAAUAGAACGAUCCUAACAAAAUACUUAGAACAAAAGUAGAUAGGGCGGUCUACUGCUCGAUUGUGAAAAUCGUUUAUUAAUAUUGUAUAAUAUCGAUAACUGUUUUUUUUACAAAUAAUAAUACUAAAAACGUACUUGGAAAUCAUUAAUCAGCAUAAAUGAUCGCUCAAUGACAACUUAUUCGAUUAUAUUAGUGAGAUGCACAAUGACAAUUUUCAUUAAAUUUAAAUCUAAAUUUUGUGACCUUUUCUAAAAAUAGUUAAGUGCUGCUGAUAAAUGAAAUAGUUAACAAGUCAAUUAAUUUAUUUUAAAAUUAUUAAUGCAAAACAAUAUAAAGAACAUAAGAUUAUAGAUUUACGUCAUAUAGUUCCGAAUAAUAAUACUAUGUACCCGUUUAAGUAUAAAAUCUUCGAAGUAAUGAGGGAGGUUCAUAGGUAUUUUAUCUGUGAGAUAAAUCAUUGAUAAUGAACAUUUCAUUAGAGAUAACUAAAUGUUUCAAGAUGUUUUCAAAGAAAGUUCUAGGUGUUCUUAAUUUAAUAGGUUUUCUAAAAAAUCGUAAUGCAAUCUAUCGAGUUCUCCUAUACAUAACACAUUGAUAAACUUUAAUUGAAUUAAAUGAAGAUUUUGUGAUAGUUUUUUUUUUUUCAUAUUAGUUUUUCAAAGCUUUAUGGAAACCGAUGAAUACAUAGGUACCCUCUUUUGGAAUAAAAGUUUUACUAAUUUAAUUUCGGCAAUAGUUUUCAGUUUCUAGAAUGUUCCAUGAUCUGUACUGUAAUAACAUAAACUUCAGUCUACAAAAUUUUUAAUCAUUGAAUAACACAACAGUAAAUCAUUUUCAACAUGUACCUUAGUUUUGUAAAAACAUAAAAUAGGACGCCUAGAAUUUUCAAAAUAAAAAAAAUAUCCUAAUACAUUCCUAUUGGAUGGUAUGCGAGUUGAUUGAUCUUUUAUUCAUAUCGAUUUAAACUUCAAAAAUAUUAACAAGCUUGUCACUCUCGACCACGUUCGAAUAGAUAUGACUGAGAGUUAGACACGUUAGUAGAGAGUUUGAAAAGAUUAUGAAUUGAACGGUGAAGUAUUGGACCGUGUAAUGUAACUCCUGGUUAGCAUAAGUUUGUACAUUGUAAAUGUAAAUUUCUCUUAGUCUUUGUACGUAGGUAUUACGAAAAUAAUGUGUGAAAAAAAUGUAAAUUGAGAUCAAUUCAGUUAAUGAAAAAUGUGCUUUUAAAGAGAUAUCUUCAUUGGGGUAAUAAAAAAUCUGACAAUUUAUCACUAAAAAUAAUUGGAAAAGGCCUUAAUACUAGUUUUUUUUUUUAUCACGCACCUGAAUAUUUAUUAUCAGGAUAAAUAAAACAUUUCAGAGAGAAAUAUAGUUUGUGUUUUUUUUUAUCAUUAUAAAAUUUUCUUUUCAUAUAUUUUGUGUUUUCAUCAUUAUUUUUCCUAAACCGAAUUGGUCUUAAAUAAAUAAUGUAUAACCAAAUAAUCCUAGUUUAGGGACUUGUUACUGCUUUUUUUCUAAUAAACUAUAGUUCAAUCAUGUUUACAAAUUGUCCUAGAAUAUCCGUAUUUUUAUUUGAAUAAAAACUAAUGAUGAAACUUUAUUUUAUCUGUGUAAUCUUCUAUCAAGUUUUUAAAUAAUUAUGAGGCUUAUUGAAAAAUAAAUCUAAUAGGCCUAAUUCUUUUUAGGUAUAUAAGAAAACCAUACCAAACUUAAUGAAAUGGGAUAUUUUUGUCGUUAAACUUGGUUUCACAUACACAGAAUCUCUUGGGUGCAGUAAUUUUUCUUUUUUAGUGAGUCCUACAAUUUAGAUUAAAAUCUGUAAUCUGUACUUUGAUUCGGUAUCCCCUAAAGCCGGUAUUAGCUGGUUAAUACGCGAAAAAAAGACAAAAACUACAAAGUACAGCUUAAAGAUUUUUACAUUAAAUUAUGUUAGGAAUAUAACAUGUAAUUGAUGUCCACCUUGUAAAUAACUCUCCUUUACACUUAGGUAAAUAUACAGAAUAUAAUUAG